AUUCUGUUUUCGAUUUCAUUAUAAUUUUUUUUAUAAUAACUCGUAUCAUUAUAUCAUUUCCAUCCAUUUUACUACAUUUACAUCCAUUUUAUUAUAUUCUUGUAAAAUUUAUAACUUAGGCAUUUUUCCAUAAUUUAUUUAGUUUGAACUUAAAUUUUACUGUAUGACUUAUGUUUUAUGUUAAUGCACGCAGUGACUGCCCGUAAGUGGAGUUGCUUUUAAAGAGCCAUAGAACGUAAGGAUUAAUAUGUAUAAUUUAAAUGUGUAACUCUGUGGGCAGGUCCUAAAGCAAAUAAAAUAAAUAAAAUAAAUCAUUAAGGUCGCAAAACAUAACUCUUAAACUAAAUCUUAAUGUUGGUAAGUACUUAAUAGUUUUAUUUUUUCAUCUUAUCAGCUAGUUUAAUAUGCAAGUCAAACGUAAACGUUUGUAGUCACUCUACAGGUAGUAGGUACGCAGUACGCACACGGCAUGCCAGGGUGAAAGAUGUCAACAGAAGAUGCUAUAGAAACUGUUAUUGGUCGGUUUGGAAAAUAUCAGACGUGGAUUCUUUUCUUAAUAUCCUUAGGGCGAUUUCCAACUGAAUAUCAACUGGUUAACGUCGUUUUUAUUUUGCCAAAUGCUGAAUUUGUGUGUAUGGAUGAAGAAGCGUAUAAUAUGACUAAUUAUUGCCCCUGUAAAAAUCCCCAAUAUGAUCAAACUUACAUAGUUAAAUCAGUAACUACUAAUUGGGACCUGAUAUGUGAAAAACGUCAAUUAGCGAGUUUGGCACAAUCAAUGUUACAUGUUGGGAUCCUUGGAGGCAGCAUAUUCUACGGGCAUUUAUCUGACAGAUAUGGUCGUAAACUUGCAUGUUUGCUUGCACUCUUUUGCGAGGUAUUAUUCGUUGCUUUGUCAGCUGCAGUACCAAAGUUUUGGAUGUUUGUAGUAUUCCGAUUCUUAAUCGGUACAGCUGUAGGAGGAUCAAUGCUCUGCUGCUACGUAUAUGUGGUUGAACUAAGUGGAAAAUCCUUUAGACCAUAUUUAACGGCACUAAUGGAGAUAUCAUACCUUGUAUCUUACUUUACACUCCCUAUUAUUGCUUAUUUUCUACGAGACUGGAGACACCUUCAAAUGGCCACAUCACUUCCCUGGUCAUUUGUUCUUUUUUACUACUUCCUUAUACCAGAAUCACCUAGAUGGUUAUUAACAACAGGAAAAAAAGAAAAAGCUAUAGAAGUAUUAACAUAUAUAGCCAAAAAGAACAAACGAUCAACUGAAAAUAUAAGAACUGUUGUUGACAAGAUUCAAGAAGAGGCCAACAGUAAUAAUAAAGAACAAUUUGGAUCUUACUUGGACUUGUUCAAGACACCAAAAAUCAGAACCUAUACACUGCUGACAGCUUUUGUGUGGACGUGCUGUGCAUUUACCUUUUUCGGUAUUAAUCAGUAUAUAGGUACAUUGCAGGGCAACCUUUAUCUUAAUGUCUUGCUUUCAGCUACGAGCCUCCUGCCAGGAGUGGUCCUCGUUUUAUUUGCUUCCUUGUACUUAAGAAGAAAGAUAGGAGUCGUAACAAGUUUUGUAGUGGCCAGCUUAUCGUUGUUAGUAUUCAUGUUCAUACCAAAAUAUAUGGAUUCUGUUGAAUUAGUGUUUGCUGUUAUCGGACAACUAGGCGUUUAUACAGCCUUUACACAGAUUUAUCUAUUUACCUCUGAAAUAUUCCCAACCAUAGUAAGAAAUUCAGCAAUGGGUUUUGUUUCCGUAUUCGCAAGAUUCGGAAGCUUCACAGCGCCAUUUGCAGUCAAUAUAGGAAUAGAGUGGGUUUCCAUUACUAUAUUUAGUGUUUCAGCUUUCAUUGCCGCAUGUUUAUGUUAUUUCUUACCAGAGACUAAGGAUUCUGUACUUCUUAAUACGAUUGAACAAACAGAAAAAUCAGGAGAUAGGAAGGUUUAGUGGCUAAUCUAAUUAUAAGUCUAGCUAAUAAUAAAAUCUAAAGUAAUCUUUGUGUUUAGUUCCUAGUGAUUUUGUUUGUUCAACAUUUUGUGAAGAUAGGGAUUUUAAUCAAACUUAAUAAAAAUAAUUUAAAAAU